AUGAAGCGGAAAGGCGGCCAACAGCAAAGGAUCAAAGCUGCCCGAUCAGAGGAAGAAUCAUCCGCUGCUGGCAUCGCUCAGCAAAGCGCUUUGGUCACCUUUCUUUUGACCUUGUUCACUUGGGGAGAGUUUUCGCCUCAACGCUGCCAGCACAUUGCUGCUUUGGCACUAGAAGACUUGGAGAAGCACCACACCAACAGGCACAUAGUCAGUGACCUGAAGGCCUUGGCCAGCAUUGGGAGCAAUGGCGCAUAUCCAAACAAGAUGCACCAAGAUUUGAUGCAAAGGACGAAGAACAUCAGCAAGGUACCGCAGCCCUACCUUUUCAAUGCAAAGUUCAAAAGCCCGGUGGGUGCGCAGAACCAAUCCCUGCUUUUACCUCAUGAACUUUUCGCAACCAUUGCUGCAGAGUACCAGACCACAUGGUUCAAAAGCAUUUGCCCAAACCAAUCCAACCUUGAGACAUUUUGGGAAACCGCUGUCAACCAUCCGCUUCUUCACGACCAUCCUGUAUUGCAUCGAGAGCACUGGCGGCGGUACGCCGUCCCCAUCGCUCUCCACGGCGAUGGGGUUCCUGUGGUCGGAAUUGGAAAGGCCUGGACCAAACUCCUGAAUGUGUUCUCAUGGUUCAGCUUGGUGGGCACAGGGACCACACGGUCCAAGUUGUUUACACCUACUCCUGUUGGGACAAGAUCUGUGAAGGAUCAUUUCCAGACGGUAGCUUGGGUUCAGCCUUCCGAGUCCUCCAGUGGUCUUUCUAUUGGCUUUGGCUUGGCCAAUGGCCUGACCGAGACCACAAGGGAAAAGUAUCCGCAGGGUUCAGCAGAAUCCCUUCGUGCUGGGAAACCUUUAGCCCAAGGAUUCUUUGGCCUGUUGUUCGCCUUGACUGGCGAUCUCGAUUACUUCGCCAAUGCGCUCAACCUUCCCCACUUUGCAAAGAAACAAGGAUGUUGCAGCGUUUGCCGUUGCGAUGAAGAAGGCGAAGUCAGCUGGACUGACUUUAACCCAAAUGCUGCCUGGACCAAUAGCCAUUGGACACGAGCAGAGUGGCUUGCUUGGCCGCAACGAAGCAAAUGCCAGCUGUUCAACUUACCCGGAGCUUUCUCGGCGUUGGUUGCGUUAGAUUUUAUGCACUCGAAAUACCUUGGCUCAGACCAACUCAUGUAUGGGUCUGUACUGACCUUGUUGGUGUUCCACAUGUUGCCUGAGACUCCGGAGGCAAACCUGGCCCGAAUAUGGCAAGAGAUUCGAGCUUGGUACAACCGCAAUCCAGUUCCUGUGCGUUUUCGAUACUUGAACAAACUCAGCGUGUUCGUACGCCAGAGCGGCUUCCCCAAGUUACGCGGCGAAGCCGCAGAGAUACGUAUCGCGUUGAUGCUCAAACUCAACUACAAGAUUGAAACUCUCCUUACAGACUUUAAAGACCACUACGCCUUCCCCGAACCAGCGGCCAGUGAAUUCAAGCAAAACGCUUUUGGCAUGUAUGCCUUGCAAAUGCAGAUUAUGAAACACUUCUUGGAUGAAGACCUUCAGCUUUUCUCUGUGACCAGCAAGAGCCACAUGGUUUUGGAGUCUGUGCUGUUGUGUGACAAGGUGAGUCCUAGACUUCUAUGGACAUUUGCAGGGGAAGACCAAAUGGCCAAGACCCAAUUAUUAGCCAAAGCGUGCGUCAAAGGAAAUUCGCCAGCUCAAGCAACCAUGAAAAUGUCCCAACACUACAGGUUGGGGCUACACUUUGUAUUCAAGGACCAUGAGCUCCGCAGAGCUUAG